CGUUCCCAACAAAUUAAUUACUAGCAUAAGUUCUAUAUAAUUACGAUGAAAUACUACUUAUUAAACAGUUAAUUGUUGGUAAUUCUACGUAUCACAUCCAUUCUUAUAUCAAGACUUUUUCACCAAGUACAACUUAAGUUGAAGAUCUAUAACUAUAGUAAAUCAUUAAAAAGGUCUUAACUAUGUAAAUCAGUACUACUAAUUUAAAAACAAACGUCGUGUAUUAUGUUCAAAACUUAUCCAUCCUGCAUAUACCGGAAUAUAAACAAAAGAUUUCAAAACACUGAUUCCUUUGAUGCAACCCAAAGUAAGAGAGCUAGCCAAUAUCAAUACCCUCCAUCCCCUUCAUCAGUCCAUAGGUUAGACCGUGAUAAACUCCUAACAUGUUCACUCCUAAGGUCCAAUCGCCAGUGGCGGUGAAUUUGGACUCCAUAGGAUCAAGUGUGAUAAGAGGUUGUCCCGGUGUAAUACGAAGUCUACCCCGAAUUCAAACUAAAUUAGAAGUUAGAUCAACUUUACCAGGUAAAUCAUUUAAAUUAAGAUAUAUAAGUUUGGAAUUAAGAACAGUUCAAAAAGUUGGAGUUCCUUCCAAAUUAGGAAGUAAUGAUGCCAGUCGUGAUUAUAAAAUAUAUGAAAUUCCUACUCUUUAUCGACCUCCAAUGGCUCAAACUUAUCAAGAUAUAAUUGGAUUGGAUAUACCAAUUUUAAUCCCAUUACCAAAAGAUAUCAUAUCAAGUGGUGUAUUUCCCAAUUAUAAUGCCUAUACUAUUCAUCGAUUGGUUAUCAAAGUUUCUAUUGGUGAUUCCAUUGAAAAUGAAAUCAAUUAUGUUUUUCAAUUCCCUAUCCCUAUCAUCAUUUAUGAUUCUUUACCAUUAUAUGGUCAAUUCAAUAAACCAGUAUUACAAACACUAAGUACUAGUGAUCAUCAAGUUUGGGUAGAAACAUCAUUACCCAUUUCAUCAUUAGGGCCUAGAGAUUCAUUCACAUUAAAUGUUAAAUUAAUCACUAAUUAUCUUAAUAAUAGUUUAAAACGAAAUAUAAAAUUAUCAAAAUUAACCUUACAAAUUCAUGAAAUUUUAGAAUGUUAUGAUGGUGGAUUACCAAAUAAAUCAACUAAGAUCUUUAGUACCAGUGAAACAUUUGGUGAAGAUGGUCAUAAUCCAAAUAAUACUAUAACCACGGAGGGAUUCAAUUAUCAAUUUAAAUGUAAAUUUCCUUAUUAUAAUGAUUAUUUACGAUUAUAUGCUAAUAAAGUUGAAACCAAAGGAGGAAGGAAAUUCCAAUAUGCCGAAGAUAUUCAACAACAAGCAGAAGAAAAUCAAGAAUUUGAUGAAAAUGGUCAACGAAUUAAACUUAAUGUUAAUAAAGUUAUCCUCACUAAUUCAUUUAUAAAAGAUGGUAAAAUUGAACCAGGAAUUCCCUUAACUCAUACUCAAGGAUUCACAACUCGAGGGAAAUUCUUCUCAAUCCGAUAUGAAAUCCAUCUUAAAGUUAAAAUCAUUAAUGCUAAGGAUUUAGAAUUUUCAAUUCCAUUAACAGUUUGUCCCUUCGAUAGAAUUAGUAGUGAUUAUUUAUUACAAUGGAUUACAGAUGAAUGUAAACAAACAAAUUUACAUUUUGGUCCCGAUAUACCGAAUUUAGUAUAUCAUGCUGCAAAUUAUAAUGAAAUGGUGGAUAUCUUUCAACAAUUUAUUGAUCCUCCAAAGACUUAUAAGAAUAGUAAAAUUGAUUGGAUUAAAUUAGGUUAUAAUAUAUAGAUAGAUAGAUAGAUAAAAUUGGGGAAACAUAGCAAAUGUAUAUAGAGAGAGGGAAGCUAAAUGCAGGAUAAUGUCGUAUAAGAUUGUAUGUAUGUAGCUGU